AUGCAAGCAUGCCUGACGAAUCCUGACUAUGGAUAUUAUGCAAGCAAGAGCCAGCAGGAAAAUUCUAGGAUUCUCGGCACUCGAGGAGACUUCAUCACAAGUCCAGAAAUUAGCCAAGUGUUUGGUGAGUUGCUCGCUGUGUUCUUCAUUUCGCGCUGGCAAUCGGCUGGCGCUCCGAAAAACGUACGCAUUGUCGAACUGGGUCCUGGACGUGGCACGUUGCUGUGUGAUAUGCUGCGAACGUUUUCUGCAUUCCCUGAUAUGAUAUCGGCGAUCCGCUCGAUCGAGCUGAUCGAGUCCUCACCACUGUUUAUUGAACAGCAGGAAGCGAACUUGAGUGCUACCCUAAGCCGCUUUGGUCGCUCGAUCGCAAAUGCAGACACCCCUGUUGACCAGCUGGCGCCUAAUGAUUUGCGUGUGGAAUGGUUUGCGUCGUACGAGCAGGUGCCUACAGAGCCAAAUGCGUGGACCAUCGUUGUGGCACACGAAUUUUUUGAUGCGCUUCCAAUCCACAUAUUUGAAAAGCAUAUUGAUGGUUGGCGGGAAGUCAUGGUCGACGUCAACGAUGAGAGCAAGCCGGUCAAUGUGAUCAAGGCUUCAGACCUUGGUAAACCUCGCCCAGAGCCUGGACUUCGAUACGUCCUCUCGCCCGGUCCCACUGCGUGGACGCAACUGCUCGCCGCCAAGUCUGAGCGCUUUAAAGCACUUCAGCCUGGCCAGCGGGUCGAAAUUAGCCCUGCCAGCUGGACCGUGGCCCGAAAGAUCGGCGAAUGGGUGUCGGGCUAUCCGGCACUCCGCCCCGAUCAAGCCCAAGCACCCCCGCCAGACGUGAUCGACAAACGUUCGAAGCCAUCACUUGGUGGCUGUGGACUCGUUAUCGACUAUGGUGGUAUGCGCUUUUUCAGUGAUAGUUUCCGAGCUUUCCGUGCACACAAGCUUGUGGAUCCGCUCGAGAUGCCAGGCCAAUCCGACCUCACGGCCAACGUCGACUUCACGUUCCUUAUGCAUGCAAUACACACCACCAAUGCCUACACAUACGGGCCACUGUCUCAGCAGGACUUUUUGACAGCCCUUGGCCUGUCGUUGCGGGUCAAAAACCUAGUGGAGUCGAACAGGGCUGAUCGUCAAGCCGAAAUCCAACGAGCUGCGAAUCGUCUGAUUGAGACGAACGGUAUGGGCACGCAGUACCAAGUCAUGGGAAUUUCAUCACCCCAUCGGGCCACCGCCCCCGAAGGCGAGCCAGAAGAAGUCUAUCCAUUUAUCUAG